AUGAACACUAUGCUAAUCAAAGUGCUCGCUAUCGUAUUUUCGACCGUUUUAUUCUUCGACACAGUCGUCGCACUACCUUUAGUCACCAAGUUUGAGGUAUGUUACAGUAAAAAUUCACUUUUUUGAUACUUUUUCGUACUUUAUACCUAAAAUGAUAUUACAGUACUGCUUUUAGUACUAAUACAGUAUUGUUGUAGUACUAUUACAAUAAUGGUUUUUGUACUAUUAUAGUACUACGUUUAGUACUGUAAACUAUUUUUUAAACCAACAUUCAAGUUUUUUCAACAUUUUUUUGCUACGUCAAUAUUAACAUCGCCCCUUUUCAGAACCCCGACUUCUUGGCCGAGCCAAUUUUGGUCGUGAAACGUGCUGAAGAGUUUGAGCUGCCAGCACCAAUCCAAGGUGACAAUUUCGAAAUGAACGAAUUGCCACGAACCGACCGGAAACAGUUCGAACGACAGCAACGCUACCUGGAGAUCCUCAGGUCUUAUCUACAACAACCCAACUAA